AUGACAGCUGCGAUGGCCAUCUCUAAUAAACAAGACCCAAUUGUACUGGUGAUUGAUUUCCACCAUGCACGGGGUCCGGAAAUCGAACACUGUAUCGGCGAUGAGGGGACAGACCCAGCUGCCGACAACGACUGGUCAUUACUACCGUUCAUGGCACUCUCUGACGGUGCGCAUCUAUCAACGGAGGAAUUCUCAUAUUUCACAUUGCGCCGCAAGGAAACUCCCGAAACACCGGCAACCUCCCUCUUCGGCAUUGCCUGCUCGCGCCAGCUCGAUGCCAAGCUCUUGAUUAAUCGCCCUCCUGAAGUGACUCGAUCGACAGUGCAGAAGGCUGUGGUGGUGGUAACGGAUAGCCCGCAGAGAGUGGGUCAAUUGCGGGAAAAACUCUCUGUGGUGACCUCGGCAUGGUUUGCGCAACGAGACUUUUCAGAUGUUGAUAUCUUGAGGAAAUUCCGAGAAGGCCUGGUCAUCAGUUUAUCCAAUGAUGCGUCCAAGGACCAGAACCUAGGUCUUUCUUUACGAGAAAUGAUCCAUGAGUUCAAAUAUCAGACCUUGGUGCUCUUCAAGGGACUACUAUUGCAGCCCAAGAUGCUAUUCUUCGGCACUCGAUGUGAACGUCUAUGCAUGAUUCAAUUCUCUCUUAUUUCUUUAAUACCUGGCUUGAUCAACAGUCUGCAAGAUUGUGCAGAUCCAGCAUUUGACAGCUAUACACAGAGCGUUGAGAAGCCGACCUCGCUCAAGACAAGUGACCGAGGCUCUUUAUUGGCCUACAUGGGCUUACCACUGCAGAUUUUCGGAAAGGGAAGUAUGUUUGGGCCAUAUACCCCUCUACAGCAACUGGAUUUGCUGGCCGACGAUGGUACAAAGUCGCGUUGGAUUGACGUACUCACCCAGAUUGUCAACGAAACCUGGGAUGAUGCCCACCCAUCCCGUCCUAAGACACUAGGCUUUAUGGGAUCGGAGGAGUUCAUUCGCCUCCAGUUCGAAGAGUAUCUUCUUGCCUUGCUAUCCAGCAUGAAAUACCACGAGGAGCUCGUAUCGCACUCUUCAGGCGACUCGCCACACCGAAGCAGAACGCAGCUGCAGAACUUUAACAUUGAAGGCGACCCUGCCCUUGACUUCAACGCAGAGUUUUUAGCCCAAUGGCAAAAAACUUCCAAUUACGCCCUUUUCUCGCGUCUCACCUCUGAUGCACUUUUAUUCUCAAUUACCGAGCCACGGCACCCAAGUGCUGGCGGGCUGACCAUGGAUGAUAUCCAACGUCGUUUGUCUCAGCAGGUAGCCGACCUCCAUCUGGAUGAGCGAGUGCGCGAGGGCCGCGAGGCACUCGGCCGUCAAUUUGCCACAGGGCAAAAGAAAGUCAGCGCAGCAUUUAAUGGCUUUUGGUCGGACAUUGAAUCCAUGCGUGAAGCUCAAAGAAAGCGCAACGAGGAAAAGGCCGCCGCUCAAUCGCAGCGUUCCUCUAUUGACACCACGCUCUCUCCACCAGCAACUUCGCAGUCGUCUCCCGCCGAGUCUUCUGGAGGUUGGCUCCCUCCCCGCCAAAGACCUUCUAUCGAUGUCGCCCAAGCACAAGCUACAGUGAGCGUCGCCGGUCAAAAAGCUGGUGCAUACUUCAGUUCGUGGGGCUCCUGGGCCAGCGAAAAGCGUAAAGAGUGGCAAGACAAACGCAGUUCAUCCCCAAGUCCGAACCCACCCCAACCUUCAACUCCCCCAGUCAUCGCUUCUAGCCCCUCCACCCCGAAGCUGCAGAUCGUGACUGAAACCCCCGAGUCGGACCGUGGUCGUCGCCGCUCCAUGCAGCAGCAGCGCCCCAAUGCCAGUGAAGAUGCCUCGGAAGGCCUCAGCCGCAGUGGCAGCCGCCGAAAGAGAUGGAGCAACAUCCUCCUACGCCGCGAGAGCGGAGAAUUCAAGCGUGAAGAGGGCUCCGAUGGUAACGAUCAACCUUACCCCAAAUCCCCCCUGUCACAGGGGUUCCCAGCCUAUGAGCCCGAAUCCCAGCAUCAUGAUUCAGAAGUCCUCUUUUCGCAGAAUGAAAACAAGAAGCCAACUUACGAGGCAGUUCUUGGCGAAGACGAUGGGUUCAGCGCUGUGCCUCUCACUCCCUCAGAUGGACUUCGAGUCAAUCUGAACCCGAAGGAGAACACUGCCCAGAAAACAUAUGAUACCAAUGAGGAAGACUACAUUACUGCUCUGCCUGUCAAGGAAGAAAAGUGA